UUGACCAUGCAGCAUCUUCCAGUCACACAGUAGUUACACUGCAGCUAAAGCACACUUGUAACAUUUUUCUAUACAUACAUACAUCAUAUUUUCCUGUAACAGCUCGCGUUUUGUGGGUGUGUGUCAGCAGUGAUGGCUCAGGAGGUUUGCGGCUUGAAGGCUCAGCUGAAAGAGAAAGAGAAUGAAAUUGCUACUCUGAAAAAGAAACUGGCUCAGCUGGAAAAGAGCCACACUUCAGCACUGGAGCUGCAUGAGAGAGUGACACCCCUAACUCCCCUGGAAGCCAAAGCAGCACUCUGUAAUGAAGACAUCAUGCGGUACAGCAGACAGCUCCUUCUGCCUGAGCUGGGUGUGAAAGGUCAGCUGAACUUAUCAAAGACCUCAGUGCUGGUUGUGGGCUGUGGAGGACUGGGCUGUCCCUUGGCACAGUAUCUUGCAGCAGCAGGCAUUGGGCGUCUGGGCCUGCUGGACUAUGACGAAGUGGAGCUCAGUAAUCUACACAGACAGGUGCUGCAUGGUGAAGAGAACCAGGGUCAAGCCAAAGCUCUGUCUGCUGCCAAUGCUGUCAGAAGGUUGAACUCAACAGUAGAGUGUGUUCCCUACCACCUGCAGCUCUCGCCGGAGAACGCCUUGCAACUCAUUCAGCAAUAUGACAUUGUGGCGGAUUGUUCAGAUAACGUCCCCACUCGCUAUCUUGUGAAUGACGCGUGUGUGCUCAGCGGCAAGCCUCUUGUUUCAGCAAGCGCCCUGAGAAUGGAUGGACAGUUGACAGUAUAUAACUACUGUGGAGGCCCUUGCUACAGAUGUCUGUACCCAGUACCCCCACCUCCAGAGACAGUGACCAACUGUUCAGACGGAGGGGUGUUAGGAGUGGUUCCAGGGAUAAUGGGCUGCUUCCAAGCAUUGGAAGUCCUCAAGAUUGCCUCCGGACAACGCUCUUCCUGCAGUCAACAGCUGGUGAUGUUUGAUGCUCAAGAUGCCAGAUUCAGGUCCAUCAAGUUACGCCCCAAGCAAGCCAGCUGUGCAGUGUGUGGAGAGAACCCCAGUGUAACCCAGCUGGUGGACUACGAGACCUUCUGUGGGACUGCUGCAACAGAUAAGUGCCGCAGACUGAACCUCCUCCCCAGAGAUCAGAGGAUCACAGUGCAGGAUUACAAAUCUAUAAUGGACAAAGCAGAGCCCCAUCUUUUGUUGGAUGUGCGCCCUCUUGUGGAAGUGGAUAUAUGCCACUUGCCCAUCUCACUCAACAUCCCACUCUCAAGUCUAGAAGAGAGGAAGAGUGAACAUAUCCGAUUACUCCAGGAGAGCAUCAGCCAAUUGAAACAGCAGAUGGCAGGUGACCGCCAUCCUCCAGUUUAUGUGAUUUGUAAGAUGGGUAACGACUCUCAGACGGCGGUGCAGGUUCUGGAGAAGAUGAUUGGAUCAGAGGUGGACAGCAUCAGCGUGAAAGACAUCUGCGGGGGUCUAAUGGCUUGGGCGCAGAAGAUAGACCCCACAUUUCCACAGUAUUAACUUUGACAUGUGUUCUGUUAAUAAACUUCUAU